AUGUCCAGGGGGGAACCCAAACCGUCCGAGGGGGGUUACAGUUAUUCCAUAGGGUCCCUGGGAAGCUCCCGUAGUCUAGGCCGACACACCACCGCAUACGGCCAGGAGGUAGAGCUGGGGGGGUACGGGGGUUCCUACUGCUCCACUCUGUACGGCAGCGGGGGUGGAGGAGGGAUGUAUGGGGGACUGGGGCACGGAGGGGUCAGGGUCAGAGGUCAUGGUAGUAGUACUGCUGAUUGGCAGAUGGACAGCGUGAUCGAACAGAUUGAGAAGCAAAUGGCGGCGGUGCUGGAGAAGAUCGAGGGGGACAUGCCCUCUCUCCUGGAACAGAUCAGUGACUGCCCCCCGCCUCCCGAACCCCCACGCAGCACACACACCUCCCCUUCCUCACGUUCCCGCUCCUCCCAACACCAACCAUCUCACUCCUCCACCUCCUCCCGCACCUCCACUGCUACACCCCCACCCCUCCCCACAUCCCCCAGACCACCUCUUCCCUCCCUCCCCCACCUCACCAUCCCCCCUCCAUCUUACCCGCCUCCUUCCUUGCCCACCCGCUCCCCUGGUCAGCCAAUCGGUGAGCACAAGGAGAGAGACAGACAGAGGGGAGCAAUCCAAUCCCCAUCCCUGAGGCCAGGGAAGGGCCUAUGAGGUGGGCAGGAUGGGGUUUGGGGUUGUUAUGACGUUCCAAUAUCCCCACUAGAACACCUCGUUGAUUCUAGAAUGUCUAAGUUGUAUGCCAGUGGAUAUUGAACACUAGAACACCUCGUUGAUUCUAGAAUGUCUAAGUUGUAUGCCAGUGGAUAUUGAACACUAGAACACCUCGUUGAUUCUAGAAUGUCUAAGUUGUAUGCCAGUGGAUAUUAAACACUAGAACACCUCGUUGAUUCUAGAAUGUCUAAGUUGUAUGCCAGUGGAUAUUGGAACAGAGCAACAGAUGGGUUAUCCAAUCGAACGAGCGUUCAUACUAGACACACUACACCAGAAACAUGACAUACGGAUUGUUCAAUUAAAUUGAAGGAUCAGAAAUUACAUUUAAUUGAAAUGAAUCUCCUGUAUUGAUUGGAUUUAAAUGGAAUUGAUCCCACCCCUGAUUCACUUUCUCAUAGUUCAGUAAUCUCAGUCUUGCGUAAUUGGUCAGAUGCUCUAUGUAAUUCUGGGUCCACAAGUGUUAAGAGAUCCACUCUCUCUCUUUGCAAGUUAUGGGCAAGUCUAUGUCCCUAUAUGUACCCUUCUCUUACGGGCAAGUCUAUGUCCCUAUAUGUACCCUUCUCUUACGGACAAGUCUAUGGCCCUAUAUGUACCCUCCUCUUACUGGCAAGUCUAUGGCCCUAUAUGUACCCUCCUCUUACGGGGAAGUCUAUGGCCCUAUAUGUACCUUCCUCUUACAAAAUUUGAAAGAUACUAACACCUGCAAAAGAUUUGUCCAAAGCACAGGAACGAAUUCUACUCAUUAUUUCAUGCAUCCCGUUGUAUCAUCAUGACAGAUCUACGGUACCAUUUGUUUACGUAAAGAUGUUGGAUCUUAACUUGAUCU